AUGGAUUUCAACGAAUUUGUCCAGAAAAACGGCAUCUCGCAAAGAGUCGCACGACUGUACUUUGCCGGCCAAUCAGAUCUCCCAGAUCAGCCCGUGCUCAAGCUGGAAACGUUCAUGAAACCGAAAAAAACUCCCUCUUUGGAAAACCCCGUGCCGUUCACGGCGGAUCUGCUGGAAUCCAUCACCAAAUCGUCGAAAUUCGAAAUGGCAGUGUUUGCGUCGUCCAAAAGCAGUAACAUGAUGCUCCAAUCAGAAGAAGAUACAAAACCCUCGUCCGAAUACUUCUACCCUUCUUCUCCUUAUUGGGAAAUAGCAGACGCUUUUUCAAAACCCGAACAAGAAGAAGAGUUUGACUUUUGCGAAAGCUCAAUGUUCGAAAGCAUAGCAGACUCCGAACCCUGA